GAACUCCUCGGAGACUGACACUGACACUGACACAUUGAGCAGAAAGGACGGCAGCGCCACGAAACACCCGGGUUACUCCUUGGUGCUCGCGAGGAACCGAGAACCAGGACAAAGGGGUUGUCAGCGCGAUUAUCCGUUGUCCCGAGAAACCGAGUCUGGACUUCAGACCAUGAGCGAGUUGCUGAAGUCGACGCCGAACGAACUGCUCGUGGUCACGCCCACUUUGUACAACAUCUCCCACAAGAUCGACCCGGCCGAUCGGUCACAUUCCCCCGACGAGUCGCCCAGUCCCACCCCGUCGGCCAAGUCCAGGAGUAAGAAGGAUCUAUCGGAGGACGAGCAGUUCCUACUGAGGAAGAAGAUCAACAGCAGAGAGCGCAAGAGAAUGCACGACCUGAACGUGGCAAUGGACGCGCUGCGGGAAGUUAUGCCUUACGCUCACGGGCCGUCGGUGAGGAAACUGUCCAAAAUCGCCACUCUCUUGCUGGCCAGGAACUACAUCCUGAUGCUCACCAGCUCCCUGGAAGAGAUGAAGAGGCUGAUCGGCGAGAUGUACGGCCGGAGCGGCUCCGCCUCUCGGCUGGCCCAGCUGCCAGUGUUGACAGCCGGGGGCUCGCUGCUGCUGGGAGCUGCUCCGUCUCUCUUGACCCUGGGCACCCCCAGGCACUCGUCUCCGACCAUGAAGUGCCCCUUGACUCCGGACGAUCAGGCUUGUUUCCAGCAGUGGCCCGGCUCUCCUUGCGCUUGUGCCGCUUGCAGGUUUCACUGUAUCCCCUCGACUCUCAACCCUCCCAGUCUCCAGACGAGGUUUCCCAAGUGAUGCCGGAAAUCACCAAACAUCGCACUGGGACAUUGCUGGGAUCGCUUCAAACACCGUAAAAAAACAAACUUGUACGAAUGAAUUAAACAAAAGACACGAAUAAGUGAACUAGAAUAAUGCUAUUUUCUCUACUUUGUAAGCACUACAGUAUUGCGAGUUUCUUUGUUUAUAUUAAUGCUUAAUGUUAGUAGGUGGAUUAGGAUAAGGAUUUCAUUGACGUCAGGGCCGGUACUCCUUAUUGUUUUCGGAUUAACGAAGGGAUAUGCAAAAGGUUUUUCAGUUUUAUGACUCCCAAUACGAGCGAUAAACUAUUGUAUUUAGUAAUACGUCCUUGUGAAUGACAGAACCAAACGGACUGUUUCAUUGUAUAAAUUCAUUCUAAUUGCAGAAUAAUUACUCCUUAACAAAGCGUUGAGCUUCUAUUAACAAUGGUUACGGUAUUUAUUGUUAAAAAUUCAGCAACACCACUCCUUGUGUACCAACUCAUCAAUGCGUCACUUUUUUUUUAAAGUCGGGAAAUUGAACUGUUAUCGGUUAGUGUUUUGUGGACAAAUGUUCUAAUCUAAUCGCGUGCAUUAAAUGUAUUGUACAGUUAUAUAUAUAUGCAAUAAAUGUUUUGAUAUGCAGA